UCCUCCCGGACUUCCUAGCCAUGUCGGCCGCCCAGAUCAGGGCCGAGAUCAACGCCCUUAUCGCCUCCAAGUUCGCCGAGGGUACGGUGGAUCAGUAUUUCUUGCAGCUGUACGUGAUGUGGAGGUACCAGAAGAUACGCAAGGGCAUGGUCGUCGAGGUCAUUGAACGCUACCUCCACGACGCCGACAAGAUCCUCACCGCAAUCACCGUCUUGCUGAACCAGCCCCUGCUGGACUACGACAAGGUGGAGGGGAUCGCGGAUCAGCUCGAGGGGUGCAGCAGCAGCAGGUGA